AAGAAAGCAGGAAGUGUGAUGUGGCUUUGACUCACAACAAAAAUGUCGGCCAUUUUCAACUUCCAGUCACUGUUAACAGUGAUUCUCCUCCUGAUCUGUACCUGUGCCUACAUCAGAGCGCUGGCUCCCAGCCUGAUAGACAAGAACAAGACCGGGAUUCUAGGAAUUUUCUGGAAGUGUGCCAGAAUAGGUGAGCGGAAGAGUCCCUGGGUGGCUUGCUGCUGUGUCGUCAUGGCUUUUAGUAUACUGUUUCUACAGUAGCGGACCGAAGACAACCGUGAAGGGAAACAUUGGGGAGAUGAAGAAACAACACGGCAUGGACAGCACAAUCCUAGAAGCGUAGCAGGACCUCCAGUGGUUGUCAUUUAGAUAAUGUAAAAAUGGACACCUGUCACCACUCACCGAAGCCCCGGAGAGAGAAAAUGUGUCGGGGGGGGGG